AUGGCCUUCGUCUUCAUAGGAGGAUUGCUUUACCAACUUGAUCAAAUGCCUUGCGACAACGAUUGUUUUGAUGUUUCAAAUCUUUAUCUCAGUGUUGGAGCUGAACUCAUGGAGUCGCCUAUUGGGGGUCUACGACUCCUCACACUCAAAACACCCAUGAUUUUAAGCCACAUCAUCUGCUCCUCUACUAACAUCUAUCCGGCGACACUACUGGAACUUCCGGCAUCUAUGUUCCCGGAGUUUUCCCUUGCUUGUUGGUACAUAUCAUCAAGAACCUUUGGACUGAAACCGCCACGUAUAGAUGUGACUUCUGGAUAUUCCGACAUCCUUGCAAGGCCAAUAGAUGAAGCUCGAAAGAAGUCGGAGGUUCAUGGUCAGAUUGGAAGCAUCGUAAAUUUGGAAACGAAAAUUGAAAAGGCACCAGGCUUGAAUUUCAUUCUGUUCUUCUCCAUAUGCUUUGGAGGGUAUAGCCAUGAACAUGAAUCAGUCUUUGUUAGGUCAGUUAGUGAUGCACGCCCACAAGGCUUACCUAAUAACAAAGAUUGUUCUCUGAUAACAAAGAUCCAAAAAGUAGAUAAUAAUCCCACCCUUAAUCAGGUGAUAACUAUCGGGUUUUCUGCAAACACUGGAUACUUGAUUGGAGAUACAAAGGAACAUUGCAGGUGGUUUCCUUUCUUGAAAAGUAUAGCUUGGUAUGAGGCAAGUGGAAAUUUCAAGGCAUCUUUUUUAGUUGCAGUGCAGACAGGGUCUGAAAAUUCAAACUCAAAACCCCUGACGAAUUCUAGUAAAUCAUCUGUGGUUGAAGAAGAAGAUGAAGUUGAAACUUUUAAUGAUAAUCUAGGGGCAGUUUUCGUCAACUUGUUGACCAGCUUAUGUCAUUUACCAGUAGGUAUGCAUUCAGUGCUUAUUGUCAUGACUCUCACAUGGUUGUCAUGGUUCCCUUUCUUUCUUUUUUAUACGGAUUGGAUGGGGAGAGAGGUUUAUCAUGGGGACCCAAAAGGAGAUACUACCAAAGUUCAAGCUUAUGAUGAUGGUGUUAGAGAACGUGCUUUUGGUGGUUCAUUGUUAAUGAAAGCUAUUGGACGGGAAGGAGAAAGUAUACUAGCCCUUGAGACACUAAAACGUGUGGUGGUUGCUGGAAAUAGGGCAUGGCAUGCACCUGUUGCACAAGGUCUUAGGUUAAUAAUCAUGUUGGGUAUCUAA